CUUCGUGCUGAAGACACUUUGAAAGUGAACGGACCGAUUUCCUGCCUAUUCUUGAUAGUCAUGGCUGCGCGCAGGGUUUGCAUGUUAGCGUCCAGCAUACUUAGGUAUUCUGUUGGUGUACCACGCUGCAGCAGGCAAAGACUGUUGAUUAGAAUUCCUUGUUUCUUGCAAAGACAUUGGCAUUCUGUGUCACUUGGAGCUGGACUAUGUGCAAUUCCCUUUGUACCGAAAUCAGAUUCUCUCACACAUGAGGCUUUGAUUAAAAGAGCAGCAUCUUUAGUAACCGACAGCAGCAACACAUAUUUGUCACAAACAAGCCUUGCUUUAAUUGAAGCCCUCACAGAAUACACAAAGGCAGUAUAUACCUUGAUUUCCCUUCAGAAACGUUACAUAAAUAUGAUUGGAAAAAUGAAUCCAAAGGAGGAGAAUGAAAUAUGGCAAGUUAUAAUUAGUCUUCGUGUGGAAGUGAAGGAAAAAAAGGAAACCUGCAGCCGUUUUGAUUCAAACUGGAUGACUGCAGUAAAUCUUUCUGAGAUUGCAGCAGAGGCAGCUUAUGGUGCAGGAGCUGAUCAAGCCUCGAUUUCCGCUCGCACACAGUUGCAAACAGUCCAGAAUCAGAUGGAAGAGGUAAAGCAGCUGGCGAUUAAAGCAGAAAAGAUGUUAGCUGAAGUUCAGGCUGAGGAAAUCAGGAGGGUUUCAGAACAUGCAUUACAGGUCAAAAAUAGUGGAAAACCAGCAGAUACAAAUUCAGUAGGAGAAGAGGAAAUUCCUGAGGCAUACCUAAGAGAAGAUUAAAUGUUUAAAUUACAUGAUCAGAGGAAACAAAGGGCUCCAUUUAUAAUUACUUAUCCAAAAAUAAUGUCUUUUUAUAAUAUUAAUGAUUACUACUUUAUUACAAAUUAUUAAAGAUGUACUAAAAUAAAUACAGUUGUGCCAAGGGUUUAAGUCAGUUGCAAUGCAUUAUCACAAUACUGGAGUUCAAACUUCCAAAGUAGACUAUCAUGUUUAUAUUUUAUACAAAGCCGUCAAUAUUAGUAAAGAGCUGCAGAGUAUCUUGACACAAAUUUUCUAAACGAUUUUCUUUACUCUAGAAUACAUAAUUGUCUCUUGUUGUACUGAAAACCAAAACCUGUGCUUUGCUUCCACAGUAACGUUUGUUUCUUUUAAAGGAGUAAUUCUGUUCACUCCAUUCUCUAAAACUGAGAAAUUAUUUUUCAUGUUGUAUUAGCUGAUUUAAAAAUAUUUUCCAGAUUACAAAUAAUUUCGAAGUUUUUCACUUGUAUUACCAAUUUAUGUGUUUCCAAAAAUAUGAGUGGAUUAUUUUUGUGUAAUGUAAGCAUUAGUUUGUAGCUGCACAUUUAGUUGAUGAUACCUCAUUUCUUUCAUCUGAUCAAGGAUUUUCGAAUGUAUGAAAAAAUAUUCAUCCUUGUUUAUGAGUUGUUUAUAUUUAUAUUUUAUUAAUAAAAUAUCACUAGAAGUGCAGUGCUCUUGAAACUCUGUGUCUGCUACUUAAAUGUAUCACUAAAUAAUUCAUCUGUAGUGGAGUUUUGCCACAGACUAAAAUGUCUGCAUCUCUCCAAAUAUUGACAUUUUUAAAGUGUAUAGGUUUUAGCACAGUUUGAUCUUUGCUUAAAUUUACUUACAAAUCCUCAUUAAAUAAUGUGAAACUUCAGAGAUAUUAAUAUAUGGUCAUCUAAUCUAUGUUUGUAUUUGCUAAAUAAAAUGCAGUUCAAGAAAGCUUUGACAUGCUUCGUUUGAAAGCAAAAAUCAUUUCAAAAAUGGAUCAUAGAAAGUUUAUUUUGUAUUCUUUAUAAAUGAAAGCUUUUGGGUAAAAUUGAUUAUGGUUUGGUGUGUACAUUAGUUUGUUGAUAUAUUUCCAAGGGCCAUCUGGAAAUGAAAGGCGUGGCUAUCUUGAAUUCAUUGUUCUUAAUUGGAAAAUUUUAUUUCUCUCUCUCUCUCUCUCUGACAUUUGAAAAAACAAAUUGUAGAAAGUCAGUUGUAAUAUUGUACCUGCAAAAUUAAAGAUACUCGCCUGAGCAAUGAAAUAUGGAAAGUUUUAAUAAAAAAUUUGUUGUGCUGUUUU